AACUAAAACUUUUUCAAGGUUACAAUGAAUGAUUUCAAAAAAAAAAAUAUAAUAAGUUUAUGAAGAGAAGAUAGAAAAUAAAAAUAAAAAUAAUUUUUAGCAUACGCUUUAUAUAUUGAAAUAUUAAGUAUUAAUUAACAUAGAAACAAUAGAUUAAUUCUUGUUUAAAAGAAUAUUUACUUUGAUAUAUUUCAAAAAAAAAAAAAGAUUAAAGAAGAUGAAUUUUACUGAAGUAUUAAAGAAAAUUCCAACACCACAAGUUUCAAUGCCACAAAUACCACAAAUUAGUAAAUUUGGGAUAAAUAAUAAUAAAGAAGAUAUAGGAAAAGCUCCAAUUAAUAUGACACAGGAGGAUAUGCAACAACUGAUUCAUUACAUUGGUGAAUCAGUUCUUAUUCCAGAGGAUGGAGCAUUUAUUGCAUUGUGGAUUCUUACUCUCAUUGAUCACUGGAAUAAUGAACACGAACGUUUAAUUGUAUUAACUGAAAGAAACUUCUAUAUAUUAAGAUAUGAUUUUCUUCAAUGUCGUGUACGUGAUAGUCGUCGUGUAGGUCUUGGACAAUUGAUUAGUGUCAUAACUGGACCACUUGUAUUUCCAGCAAAAUCAUUAAUGCCUAUACGUAGUUCACCUGGUGUUCAGUUGAAAUGGGGUGAUGAAAAUGAUGUGAAAAUCACACAGAAAUGGAAUCCGUUAUGUCGUAGUCUACCUUAUGCUACAUUAACUCAUCAUCCUCUCUAUUCUAAACGUGAUCAAUUGCCAUCAAAACAAGUAAAUGUACCAGGUGCCGGUUAUGAAGAUUUAUCUAAUCCAGUAUCUGCAUACGAUGUGAAUAAUUUUCUUACAGCACUACGUGAAGCUUGUUCUGGUAUGAAUAUUCAGUUGAAAUGCUUUAUUGGUAUGGGAGGAUUUGUACAAAAUGUAGGAUUUUCAUAGUUCAAGCACGGACUAAUCGUAGGUGGACUGCCAUUGAUAACCUGUGAGCACUGAUGUCCCAUACUAGGACAAAAUGACAUUGUAACCCUAACAAUUUUUCAGUGAUGAUCUAGUUUACUAAUGGUGAAAUUGUCAUUGAAAGUUAUGGAAAUUUAGGUAGCGUAGUAUUUAAUCAAAGUAAUUUGGGUUUUGCCAAACCAAAAACACCUACAUCAUAAUUAUCGAUUAAAAAAGUGUCAAUAUUGAUUCAAUAAAUUAAAACAAAAAGUGAAUUUCCUUUAAACCUAGUGACAAAAAUGUUAUCUUCAAAGCCCCACCAUUCACUUCAGUAACUUCUUCUUAAAUAACUAUUACUUAUUGUUAGUCAUGAAAGAUUUAUUUUAAAAGAAAAAAAAUAGUAGUUUGAUCUGUACCCUAUCUAAAUGUGCUCGUCUUCAAAAUUAUUCUAAAUUGUUUAUACUACUUAAUUGUGAAAUUAGUAGUUAUCAUAUCUAAAAACAAAAUUAUCUUAUGAUGUUUUACUCCAAAAUUAAUUCAAAUGAAAUUUUGAAAAAAAAACAUUGUUUAUUUAUUAAACUCUUCAAUUAAUUUUUACUUAUCAUUGAAAUAUUAUUUUCUAAAACAGUUUCCUUCUAUACCACUUAUAUUGUAAUUGUGAUUCUUUCAUUUUUACUGUGAUCUAUAAUAAAUACAUUACUUGAUUAAAUUUAUCCUAAAUAUAUAAAUAUAUAUACAUAAAUAUGAAAAUCAUUCACUUAAUUAGCUGCAUACUAUAUGGUGUUAUUUAUUCUAUACAAAUUAGUUUGUUUUAGUUACUAUGUUUAUGUAACUUACUUUCUAAGUACAGGGUGGUGUGUUCAUCUUUUGUGUCAUACUGUAUAAAGGCUCAUAUCGUUAUAAAUGUAACAGAUUCGAAACUGUUAACUACUGG